CCGUCGCCUUCCCCAUUCCCACUGAUCUCUUCUUCCGAUGGACUUGCUCGAGGUCCCUCUCGAUGUCUUAGCGCUCCGGCUCUACGCGCUUCCGGUCGACGCCGCCGUGACCUACCUCGCUCUCCUCGUGGCCGCAGCCGUCGCCCUCGGCCUCUGGAGCAUCAGGGGCGCCGCCGCCGCCGCCUCCAUUUCUCACUCUCCUCCUCAGGAUGUCUCCCUCUCAGAGCCCGAGAAGCUCAAGCUCGACCUCGCCUCUCUUCCUCCGGCCUGCCACCUGAGCGAUCCGAGCAGCGGCACGCCGAAGUCUCGGUUCACCGCCUACUACUCCGGCGAGCGAUCCGACCCCGUCAACCACGAUUUCGACGAGAUCGACCGGCGGUCGAGAGGGGCGGCGCCGUGGAGCGGCAACUGGAGCUUGGAAUGGACGGCCGUUAAGAGAGCGGGGCACCUCGGGUGGUACAGCCACCAGGACAUGACGGAACUUAACGGCAGCGUCGUCAAGCUCUGGGACGCCCGGCCGACGCCGGCGGCGAUGCUGUUGCGCCGGCGACUGUAGAAAAUUACGGAAAUUGAAUUAUUAAAAUUAGGCUGUUGUCUUUCCGAUUUGCCCGUGAAUUAAAUCAAAUUGGGCCAAAAAUAAAAAGGUAAUUAAUGAGAAGAAAUGGAGUCUUGGAAGAGAAUCUAUGAGCUUGUUUGAAGAAUUUGGCAUGAAAAAAGAAUGGAUUUUUGUCGAG